AAGCUCAAUCCAAUCCAUCGCCGUCUCCGAUUCCCUUGAUUCCUCCCGACGCAAUGCCGGGGGACGGGGACGCCGGGCACAGCCGUGGAGGAGUGUAUCCGCGCCGGGCCGGGAUGCACGACAUCCACCUGCGCCCGCGCCUUCUCCGCCGGGUGCUCAUGGAGUGCCUCCCGCUCCCGGAUCCCGACGCCGACCUAGAGCCCACCCGCCGCCCCGCCGAUCUCGCCCGCGCGCUCGGCGCCGUCCGUGAGCAGGGCCUCCUCGCCGAGCGCGCCAUAGACCCGGUGCUGCUCGAGGAGUGGAGCGCCGCCGUCGACGCCUGGGUCGACCGUCUCCUUGCGCUCCUCGUCAGUGAUAGGGAACACAGUUGUUGGGUGGGUACUUCUUUUCUUGGUUUGACAUUUGAAGAAUGUAGUGACGACCGCUUUGCAAAGUCGUACUCUGACUGGUCUGAGAAGAUUCUAAAAACAAUUAAGGCACCAUCAUGCAACAAAAUGGUAAACAUGGCCACUUGUACUGCUAUGGCUACUCUCUUUGUGAGAUUGGCUAAAUUUUCCAAUUUAAAGGAUGAGGCAACAUUUUUUGCCCAAAAAGUUGUCCAACCAUUGCUGCGGCUGUUUGACGAGGAUGAUUCUGUUGCAGAGAAAGCGGCUGAUUUACUUGGUAUAAUCAUUAAACUCUUCCCAUCAUCAGUAUAUCGAAACUUCAAUAAAGUUGAAUCCAUCCUUGCUGCAAAGAUUAUGAGUGGUCAAUACAAUCUACAACAUUCAAAGAAACUUGCGAGCACUUUAGCACUGUUGCCUUGUGUUAGAGUAUCUCAUAAUAGUUUGUCACUGAUGAUCCAGAAGAUAUUGAUUAUGGUCAACAAUUUGUUAAAUGGCUAUACUGGACAUGAGAUAAUGAUGCCAAUAAUUUCACCACAGUUAGGAGGCCAGGAAAACUACAGAGAUUGGAACUUUCAUUCAUCAAAAUAUUUUUGCACGUUUGUAAUCCCUACAAUAUCAGCACUUGUACACUGCUGCUCCGUGAUGUUAACUAGUUCUUAUCCAAUUCAGGUGAAUAUUCCGGUGCCUGUGGUGGUAACUUGCAUAGAACGAGUGCUGCUAGCAGACAUCCCUUUGCAUCAGGAAGUUGUUUUCUCUGAGAUUCUGGCACUGCAUUGCUCUUUCUUGGAUUUGCUUGGUGCCAUUAUUAAUGGAAUGUGCAGUUCACUCAUAACACAUGCUAGUAUUCUUGUAAAGCUCAUAAGUGAGUACUUUAAAAGAGCAAAGCUGCCAGCAGUAAGAAGAAAACUCUAUACUAUUGUGCGGUUAUUGCUGAGUUCGAUGGGUUUUGGGAUGGGUAUGCACUUGCUUCAAGUGAUAGUUAGCAAUAUUUCUGCUGAUCUGGAUGAUAACUCUGGAGGGAGUCCUGAACCUACAUUCAAUAGAAAAUCAGUGCCUUCACUCUAUGUCAAAAUAGCAGCACUGGAGACAUUUGAAGUACUUCUAAACAUGGGUGGUUUAUUCAGUGCGUGCUACUGGAGGACACAACUAGACCUUAUUAUUAAUGUUGCAAGAGAGUCUUUCUAUAUGAUGGAGAUGUAUGAACUAAAACCACUAUCAACGCAAAAUCCAACUUUAUCAGACUUCCAGUUAGCCUUAUUGAAAGCUCUAUUGGCAUCCUAUCUCUCCUCUCCUCUUGUGUCUCCUUAUUUAGAACCAGGUCUUGAGCUCUUCAACAGAGGGAGGCUAGAAACUGGCACCGAGCUUGCAAAAUUUUGUUCACGUGCUUUGCUGGCUUUGGAUGUCCUUGUACAUCCUCGGGAACAUUGUGUAUGGUUUUAUCCAAAAAUUGCUCUAAAAGGAGCAAUUCGUGGUGAUCUAGGACCCUUGUCAAUUGCUUCAGAAAAUAAACUAAUUGAUUCUGGGAGAUCUAAGGAUCUCCACGCUGCAUGUACACACCGAGCUACCGAAAAUUCUGGAGAGGAAGUCAAUGACUGGCUACUCUCUACUGAGGAUGCUCCAACGGAUGCUUUUGUGGAAGACAAUACUUCGAAGAAGCAUGCAGCAAAUGAGAUGUCCAGAGAUCAUUCGGUGCAGAAGGCCACCGCCAUCAGAGAACAUCAAGAAAUUGUUUUCAAUCAGUUUUAUGGGGAAUUGCAGGAGGUCUCAGUGUCCAGCAUAACCGAUGUCAGUGUGGCUAUUGCAGGAACAAAAGUAGGAUCAUUCAAUGUUGCUUCAUUUCCAAACAAUAGUGAUAACGUGGCAAUUUUUUCAGGUGCUCUUUUAGGUAGCCAUAACGUGGCAGGGCACACCACACCGACAUCUGGUGCUUCAGGCGUGUCUGCUUCUGAGCGGGACUCACUUGACCCAUUUCUGGGUAUAGGUAAUUUUGGCACUGAGACUGCCUUUUCCUUCGACAUGGCUAAGCUUGAUCCUGACUCCUAGAGUGAAGAUUUCUACCAUAUGGUGUGUAACAAUGAUGUGUGGAUCAACACUGUAAUAACGGAAGUUGCAUUUGAGAUUGUGUGUGCGGGGUGAACAUGGUGCGAUGUAAGAAGAUGCCAACAUACCAUCACUAUUGGUUCUAGUGAGGACAUUUUAUGUGUGCUACCUUUGGAAUUGACACGAGCCUGAUUUUAUC